AGGUAAGAGUCACCGCCUCCGUGCGCGCCGGGGUCACGACGCAGGGUCCGCUCAGAGCAGCCUGGGAGAUGUAGUCCUCGGACCGUCCCCGCUAGAAGCUGCACAGCCCGCCGGGACCGCCGCCGCGCCUGCCGCUGCUCGGCCGGUGCCCUCCGGUUCCCUCUUCCAGGGGGAAGAAAUGUCCUUCGGGCGGCUUUCCGGGAAGCUGCAGGAUGUGCCGUUCCGCUGUCAGUAGCAACAAGGCUUGCACAGAUGUUAAGAGUGGACCCCAGUCACAAUGGCGGAUAGAUCUAUUGGAAGGGAUGAAGAUGACAAUGAACGUGAAAUAGGAAGUGCUACAAAUAGACAUACACUGAACUGUCGUGAAGAAAAAGUGAAAACCAACUAUGAGUUUAGAAGAACACAAACUGGAGCCAUCUGCGCAAACCAUGCAGGAUGAUUUACUGAUGGACAAAAGCAAAACCCAGCCCCAGUCUCAGCAGCAGCGGCAGCAGCAGCAGCAACAGCUCCAGCCGGAGCCCGGCGCAGCCGAAGCCCCGUCCACGCCCCUCUCCUCCGAGACCCCCAAGCCCGAAGACAGCAGCGCAGUGCCGGCCCUCAGCCCCGCCUCGGCCCCGCCAGCCCCCAACGGCUCCGACAAGAUGCAGAUGGAGUCGCCGCUCCUGCCGGGUUUGGGUUUCCAUCAGCCCCCUCAGCAGCCGCCGCCGCCACAGGAGCCGGCGGCGCCCGGAGCGUCGCUGUCGCCGUCCUUCGGCAGCACCUGGUCCACGGGCACAACGAACGCGGUGGAGGACAGCUUCUUCCAGGGGAUCACUCCGGUCAACGGGACCAUGCUCUUCCAGAACUUCCCGCACCACGUCAACCCGGUCUUCGGAGGCACCUUCUCGCCACAGCUCGGCCUGGCGCAGACCCAGCACCACCAGCAGCCGCCGCCCGCGCCGCAGCCGGCGCAGCCGGCGCAGCCCCCGCAGGCGCAGCCCCCGCAGCAGCGCCGCUCGCCCGCCAGCCCCAGCCAGGCCCCCUACGCGCAGAGGAGCGCCGCCGCCUACGGCCACCAGCCCAUUAUGACCAGCAAGCCGUCCUCGUCUUCGGCUGCUGCAGUCGCUGCUGCCGCGGCCGCCGCCUCCUCGGCCUCGUCCAGCUGGAACACGCACCAAAGCGUGAACGCCGCCUGGAGCGCACCGUCUAACCCGUGGGGCGGCCUGCAGGCGGGCCGGGACCCUCGGCGCGCGGUCGGCGUGGGCGUGGGAGUGGGCGUGGGGGUGCCCUCCCCACUUAACCCCAUCUCGCCACUCAAAAAGCCCUUCUCCAGCAAUGUGAUCGCACCACCCAAGUUUCCCCGUGCGGCCCCGCUCACCUCCAAGUCCUGGAUGGAGGAUAACGCUUUCCGGACCGAUAAUGGUAACAAUCUGUUGCCUUUUCAGGACCGGAGUAGGCCCUAUGACACUUUUAACUUGCACUCCCUGGAGAACUCCUUAAUGGAUAUGAUAAGGACUGAUCAUGAGCCUCUGAAAGGUAAACCCUACCCUCCCAGUGGCCCACCAAUGAGUUUCGCUGAUAUAAUGUGGAGGAAUCAUUUUGCAGGACGCAUGGGAAUAAAUUUCCAUCAUCCAGGAACAGAUAAUAUUAUGGCACUUAACACCAGGAGCUAUGGGCGGAGACGAGGUCGAUCUUCUCUUUUCCCCUUUGAAGACGCCUUCUUGGACGACAGCCAUGGUGAUCAGGCCUUGUCAUCUGGCUUAAGUUCUCCCACUCGCUGUCAAAAUGGGGAACGAGUAGAACGCUACUCUAGAAAGGUGUUUGUUGGAGGCCUUCCUCCUGACAUCGAUGAAGAUGAGAUCACCGCCAGCUUUCGCAGGUUUGGACCACUUGUGGUUGACUGGCCUCACAAAGCGGAAAGCAAGUCCUACUUUCCUCCCAAAGGCUAUGCCUUUCUGCUGUUCCAGGAAGAGAGCUCAGUGCAAGCUUUGAUAGAUGCCUGCCUAGAAGAAGAUGGGAAACUGUACCUGUGUGUGUCUAGCCCCACCAUCAAGGAUAAACCAGUGCAAAUUCGACCAUGGAACCUAAGUGACAGUGACUUUGUAAUGGAUGGUUCUCAGCCUUUGGACCCCAGAAAAACUAUCUUUGUUGGGGGAGUUCCACGACCCCUUCGAGCUGUUGAGCUGGCUAUGAUCAUGGACCGUUUAUAUGGUGGUGUUUGCUAUGCUGGCAUUGAUACAGAUCCAGAGCUGAAGUACCCCAAAGGUGCUGGCCGUGUGGCGUUCUCCAAUCAGCAGAGUUACAUUGCAGCCAUCAGUGCGCGUUUUGUGCAGCUUCAACACAAUGAUAUUGACAAACGGGUGGAAGUGAAGCCGUAUGUGCUGGAUGAUCAGAUGUGUGACGAGUGCCAGGGCACGCGCUGCGGUGGGAAGUUUGCCCCGUUCUUCUGUGCCAACGUCACCUGUCUGCAGUAUUACUGUGAAUACUGCUGGGCCAGCAUACAUUCCCGAGCCGGGCGCGAGUUCCACAAACCGCUGGUGAAGGAGGGAGGCGACCGCCCUCGUCAUGUCCCGUUCCGCUGGAGCUGAGCCCAGGGCCAACCCAGCUAUAAGUACUGGAGUAGAUAACAAGGAGGAAAAAGAGAGGGCACUGCCUCAGGGCUCACGGUGUUCUGGAAAUUUGUGCAUUUGUUCUCGAUUUUUAAAGAAGAAAUGGGUCUUAUUAUUAUUAUUAUUAUUAUUAUUAUUAUUAUUAUUUACAGUCAUAUUACUGAACUCAGUGUCCAGUAUAAUGCAGAAUCGCAGAGUGUAUAAUGGUACUGAUUUGCACUUUGACUCACACCUUUGUCUGCUUGGUACCUUAAUUUCUUACACCUGAUCUGUCACCUCGACAGCACCUAGACUGCCAUUCUCAUCAGCAGCCAUCAGGUUGACGUCUGUGACUCUGUUUGUUGUUGUGUUGUUGUCACUCUGAUUGAUUUUAAACUGGAGCAUGCACUUAUUUUCAGAAACUUAGAGAGUUGCCCCUAGGACAAGACUUACCAAAGGUCAUACUCGUGAGUAGGAGGCAGAUGUAGCAAACAAUUCACAAUUCAGCAAUCAGUAGUUGGGGUCACGUAGAGUAAGGAUAGCCCUUAAUGAAAAUAAAGCCUUUAGUUGCUCUGUAUUUUGACUGGUAAGGAUACCUCAUAAGCUGGAUCUUUAUUUUUCCUUCAUGUUUGAUUUUUGUUUUGCAGAGGAUUUUGGUAGAUCUUUUAGUGUUACGUCAAUUUAUGCUGCAAUAGCUUUUGCUGCUAUUAAAAUGGUAUUGUUAAUACCAUAAUACUCUGUUCAGGCUAAGGUAUCAAUUCAAAAUGAAAACAAGAACCCAACAACAUACUUGUGAUUUAGGGAUAGAGCCAGUUGCCAAGGGAGAUCAGAAUAGACUUGAGAAAGCUUCAAUGGAAGGUCACUCUUUCUGACUGCAUGUUUACUUAACCAGGUUGCUGCAUGCAAUAAAUUUUAUAUCCAAUGUCUAGUAUAAAACCUUCCCACAAUGCACAAAUUAAGAAUCUAUAUAAGCUAUAAAAUACUCAUUUUUGAAAAAAAAGAUGAUUUUUUUUUUCAUUCAAAGACUUGGUAAUGGGUGGGAGGAAGGCCUGCCUCAGUGGUGGGAUGCUUAUGAACAGUGAGAGCCCAUAGCAGGACGACCAUUAUUACAGCCAGUAGAACAUGUAGGUGUAGGAUAUACUUAAAGCAAAUCUGUGGAUGGUGGAUGAAGUACUUGCGGUGCUCUGUUAUAUAUCGUGCAAUUUAUUUUAUAUAGUAAAGUGAUUGUGUCUAACUGUGAUCAAACUUAACUGUUUAAAGCCUCUGUGUCAGACAUUAAUGAACCUGACCAUUCAUGACUGAUAUAUUAUUAAGUAACACAUGAGCUCUUAGUCACAACCACCUAGUGCUUGCACCAUUUUACAUUAGCUUCAGACCUUGUCAAGAAAACCAAAGAGCUCAUCUUAGCUUACAAACACUAAGAAUAUACACAGUAUCUAGAGAUAAUCGUCAGAUUGGCAAACAAGGCACAUCUUUAAGAAAGUUGUGUGAAGGUGAUGCUGAAAAAUGUCUGUACCAAGCGAGAUGGCCUGGGCAGAGUUGGUUGUCUGGGUGGGAAAUUAACUGCUUAGUCCCUUGGAUUUAUCCUGUAAAGCUUGAAUAGAAUUAAGCGCGCUCGUGUAAAGCUUGAAUGGAAUCAAGCGCGCCCAUACUACCGAGGGCAUUCUCCUACCAUUUGCCCCUGGCUGCAGACAGUAAUACAUAAACACACGAUGAUUGCAAGACUAAAUUUUUCUAAAUCUUCUUCCUAUGUUUUGAAUUCUGGGGACAAACUGACUGGACAUGACACUGCAGAAUAGACUUCAGUCGCCGUGUUUUAUGUGCUGUGAUGUCCUGGUACUGUCUUGAAGUUCGUAUUGCUUGUUUUCUGUUGUUUGUUCCUUUCUUUGCUCUCCAGUGUUCAGUUGUGAUUACUGACUCUCCAGCUAUAGUUUGUUUUCAAAAAAAGGAAAAACAAAAUAGUUUUUUACUGACUUUAAAAAAUGCCUAUUAGAACCUCCCGUUUUGAGGUUUCCUCUGGGCGUUUUGGUAGUAAUUGUUUUUCCCCAGCCCAGAUGUGGUUUUGUUUGUUUUUCUUUUUUCUAUGUUUGUGGGUUUUUUUUUCAUCUGUACAAGAAAUUUUGUUGCGCACUACUGCUUUUGUAUUCUAGACCGUUUUCAAAAGUUGGCUGAAGAUUUUUGUUUGUUUAUUUUUAAGGAAAAAGGCAUGCUUUCUGACUGACAUGAUCUUUUGCAAUACCUCAAUUUUGAAAUAUAGGAAAGAAAAUGAUAUUUUCUAAGUAAGUUUAUUCAGAAAAUAUAUAUUAAUUUAAUUCUGCAAGAAAAUGAUUUAACAGAUGGGUAACUUUAUUUUUUUCAUGCUUAUUUGUGUUUUUUGAAAAUGAAGAAGUUAGAGCUUUAUAACUAUAAUAUUAAAGAUCAUAUCUAACCUACAGAAAUCUACCUAAUGAUGUGGAAGAAGCUAAGGCUUUGAAGAAGCACCCCCUCUUUCAUGUACUAAAAUAACACUGAGCUGUAGAAAGAGAAGCUGGAAGACUGUACAGCGUAAAGCUAAGCAAAGGUACAGUGUCCUGGAGAACAGGCUUGAAUCACGAACUCCAUUCGGUGCUGACGGUUGUGAACAGAUGGUGGAAACUGCUUUCCCUUAAUUUGUAUAUUUAUAAUCAAGCGUUGAUUGUGCACGACUGACCAGGAUUGUGAAAGAGUUCUUCUGUUUGUAUUUUUUUAAAGAGAACUUUUUUAGUUUAUUAAAUUAUAACAUGUUCCCUUUUGUUUUGUAAAUAAAUGUGCCCCAAGUUCUUAAUGUUAUAUUAAAAGAGAGGGUCCUUCAAAAAAAUUAUUUUUUAAGACACAGAGGUGUUCUGACCUGCAACUUGACUGGGAAGCCCCUGGGUAACAGGUCCUAUGUGGCCUUUCCUCGAUGGGACACUUGAACUAGUCGAAUUUUUGAAGGCUGUAACCUAACCUCGACUAUUUGUUGUUAUGUGCAAUACUGUUUGUACUGUUUGUAUAAAAAAUAGAAAAAAAGAAAAGAAAAAAGGCAUAAAUCUUUAUUGCAGAUUUAUUUUCAUUGCAAACUUUAGACAUUGUGAUUCACUGAAAUCAUUUUUCUACUGUCAAAUAUGUACCUUUUCUUCAUGCUGGUAUUUUUUCAAUAGUAAUGUAGCCUUUGUACUGAGACAAAUUUUCAUUGUUAUUUUUAGAAAGAUUUUUUGCUAAGAAAAAAAUUAAACAUAUUUACAUAUUUUUCAUUUUAUUUCGUAUUUUCUUUAAGGAGUGCUUUCUCAAUCAUUACUAGAGUUGUUUCUGGGAGGGACUUUCAUAUCUGGUCAAUGUCAUAAUAUUAUUUUGUAUUUUUACUUGGAAUAAAUUAAUUUUAUGAUGCUAAUUCUUUAAAAGUUUAUUUUUUUCAUUUUCAGUUAUUUUUGAAGCUAAAACCUUUGUAAUAUUGUUACUAAAGUGUCUAGUUUUUUGAAAUGCAAAGCUUUAUGUAUUAACUUGCUGAUGUGGUUUACAAUAGUGUGACAACGAUGAAAACGGUUGGUUCUGUAAAGCAAUUGGAAAUGUAACGGACAACUGGGUAAUAAAAUGACAGAAUGAGCUGAACGUGCGAGAUCUCGACAAGCCUUGUCCUUUAUCACAGUGGUUUAGUGUGAGACUAGGGAUGUCACAGUACAGGUCUCCAAGGAUGUCUCAGUGGGUUUAUACAACACCAGGUGCAGCCAAAUCUGUGGCCCUGAUAAUGAAGUCACCCUCUUGAAAUACCACUGGGUUUUGUGAAGCCCAGCCAGGUCAACAGUGUUUCAGUGCUUUCCUUUCUAACUCCUCAUGCCACGAUAUGUGUGCAUGUGCGUGUGCAUGUGUGUGUGUGUUGUGUGUGUGUGUGUGUGUGUGUGUGUGUGUGUGUGUGUGAGAGAGAGAGAGAAUCUGCCACCCAUUGCUGUCCAUGUAUGAGCUGGUGCCUUUCCCUCCCCAGUCUUUCACUUGCAUCUCCAGUGGUGAUGUCUGUGAGUCAGAGGACACACACAGCCUUGUGGCCUUGUGUGUGGCACUGCACCCUGUACAGGCCCUAGGAAAGCACACACGCUUGUCACCACUGUUCAGUGUCCAGCUGCAUCUUCCUCACAUCCCUGCCUGCUCCCUCUCGUGAUGCCCCUUGUUUGCCUUUUCUUGUGGCGACACAUCUGGCUGCUCUGUGCAUGAUCUGUCUGCCUUCCUGCUGCUGCCUGUCCAGCCCCCACCUCACCUGGAAGUGUGAGGGCAGCACAUUGCUGCACUAGCACCUAAGAUUAAAGCAGAAAUGAACAACUGCAAAACUGGUGUUGCGUAAACAGAACAUCCAAUGACUUGCUCUAGAUAGAUGGCGUGUUUCUGCUAGUUGGUGGCCUCCUCUAGAUCUGUUGCUUCAGAGGUGAGGCUCAUCAAUAACUGGAGGAACAGGUGUCCAGAGUUGGCUCUUGGGUACGCUCUGUGUAUUCAGUUUUGUAAAUAAUAUAUAGAUUAGAUCAAGUUGUGAUGUAAAAUUUUAACUCAAAUUGGGUACUCUUGGUUGAAAUUUUGCAUUAACUACAAAUAAAUGAUUAGGAACAGAAGAAAAGAAAUUGGAAAAAUUGUUUAGUGGAAUAAAGAUUAUGCUUAGAUUUCCGCCUGUAUCUUGUGUUUUAUAGCUUGUUAGUGAGGCAUGGGCUAACGCAGAAUGUACUGCAUUUAUGCAAUUAGCAAAUAACUGCUAGUUUUCAUUUAUCUAUUAUAUUAGCAACAAAAUGGCAUUUAACUGGGUAAGCUCCUACCUACAUAUUUGAGUAUUGUGACACCUCUACUUGCAAGGUUUGAAUGAAAGAUUAGUCACAGAUUAGUGAAAAAAGUAUCUUUUCUGUUAAACCUGGCUUAUUUGUCUGGAUCCUUCCUCUUUCACUAGUCUGUAUGGUAUGUCUGCUAACAUUUCUUUCUGGUUUUUCUUCUUUUAUAAUAACCAAAUUUCCUCUAUCUCAGCUGCAAUAGUGUUCCAUCUUACCACAGAGUAUUUUAUAAUUGAUGCUGUCGACUUUAUACCCCAAAAUGGGUCAAGAAGUGGAUCUGUGAUUCAGGGAUGUUCAAUUUGUGUGAUGAAGAGGUUAAGUGCAACCAGUAGAAAUCUUGGGUGCUAACACAGGGUAACUUCUCCUUUUCCUGGACAUAGCUCUGUUGGGGUAUAAAGUAUUAGGUAUUUGUACUUUUGCUGUCAAAUAAUGGACAUAACUUUUAGAGUGUUCACAGCUAAGAUCUCUGCAUUUGUUUUUCAACUAAGAACUGAUUUUAACUGUAUUGUAUCUUUUACUACUGGUUCCUAGAUUGUUUUUUGCUAGUACCCCUUGCUCAGCUUCUGCCUCCGGGGCUUGGACUAAUAUGCUUGUAUGGAAGUACAGUACUGUGGCUAAACAGGAGCGCAAUGCAGCUAUUGCUUACAACUGCUUAAACUUUGUAGUUUGGACUUCUUUUUUUUCCUGUAAUACCAACUUAUUAAAUCUAGCUGUAUGAA